AUGUAUGUGGCGAAAUGCAAACAAGGAGAGAGCUUCUCAGAAGGGAAAAUUAUUCCUUAUGGAGACAUUUCAAUUAGCCCUUGUUCUGGGAUUCUCAAAUAUGGACAGGGACUAUUUGAAGGUCUCAAGGCUCACAGGACAGAAGAUGGACGGAUCACACUCUUCCGGCCUGACCAAAACGCUCUUCGUAUGCAAACGGGUGCCGAUAGGCUUUGUAUGAUACCUCCUUCCGUGGAGCAAUUUGUCGAAGCAGUUAAGCAAACUGUUCCUCCUCCAGGUGAAGGGGCUUUGUAUAUUAGGCCUCUGCUCAUAGGUAGUGGUGCUGUCCUUGGAAUGGCUUCAGCACCUGAAUAUACAUUUCUCAUUUACGUAUCUCCCGUUGGAAAUUACCAUAAGGCAAGCUCAGGCUUGAACCUCAAAGUUGAUCAUAAGUAUCGGCGUGCUCAUACCGGUGGAGCCGGCGGUGUGAAGAGUUGCACAAACUAUUCUCCAGUUUUGAAAUCGUUGCUCGAAGCAAAGUCAUUGGGUUUCUCUGAUGUCUUGUUUCUGGAUGCGGCAACUGGUAGAAACAUCGAAGAGCUUUGUACUUGUAACAUCUUCAUUGUCAAGGGGAACAUUGUGUCUACACCACCAACUUUGGGAACCAUUUUACCAGGAAUCACAAGGAAAAGCAUAAGCGAGCUAGCUCGUGAUUUUGGCUAUGAGGUUCAAGAACGCGAUGUUUCAGUGGAGGAGCUAUUAGAGGCAGAAGAAGUUUUCUGCACAGGGACUGCGAUGGUCGUUAAAGCUGUUGAAACUGUGACCUUCCAUGACAAAAAGAUAAAAUACAUGACAGGAGAAGGAGCAAUGUCUACGAAGCUUCACUUGAUGUUAACCAAUAUUCAGAUGGGUGUUGUUGAAGAUACUAAGGGUUGGAUAGUGGAGAUGGAUGGUUUGUUGAAAUAG